AUGGCUUGUGGUCAACCACGUGAGAUACUACUGGGUCAUGGAUCUCCUCCAGUCGAGACCGGAGUUCUUGUCUUCAGGGCUACGUCAAGUCAGAAAGAGAUCGAAGCACUUGACGACCAGAAGGUAGAAGCGGGUACUCUCCCCUAUCAAGGUCAAGGGGCCGCUGUGGCAGUUGAGAGCGGCGCUGUAUUGAGCAUGUUGCUUGGCCUGCUGUUUUCUGAGCCACUUUUCAAGGGCAAAUCCACAAAGUUGAUCCCAGAGGUUCCGAGCCUCUAUGGCAAAUCUCGGACUACGAUCAAUGUGCAAGGAGCUACAGCGAACCGGUUCUGGCAGCAUCCGUAG